UCAAGUCUUAACUAACAAAACUCCUAAGACUUUCUUCUUCUUUUUUCUUCCGUAUUUAACGGCCUUCGUCUUCAAAAUAAUUCUGUAACCAUUCUUUUUCUAGGAAAUUUUAUCUUCUUCAAAACACAAUCAAAAUGUCAAUAAACGGAGCAUUAGUAACGGCACCGGCACCGGCAGAAGGAGAAGAAGAACAAGACAAUGAAUCACUCACACUUCCGUUACUCACUUCUCAACGAUCUCUCAUCAAUUCUACUUCUCAGGUCGCUAUUGUCGGCGCCAAUCUAUGCCCUAUCGAAUCUCUCGAUUACGAGAUAGCUGAGAAUGAUUUCUUUAAGCAAGAUUGGAGAACGCGUAGAAAGCUACAGAUAUUUCAGUAUUUGUUUAUGAAGUGGUCGCUGUGUUUCUUGAUUGGGAUAAUUGUUAGUCUGAUUGGUUUCUUUAAUAAUCUUGCUGUUGAAAAUAUUGCUGGUGUUAAGUUUGUUAUCACUUCCAAUAUGAUGCUUUCUAGUAGGUAUGGGAUGGGUUUUCUUGUGUUCUCUCUGUCUAAUUUUAUACUUACGCUAUUCGCAUCCAUUAUCACGGCUUCUGUAGCUCCUGCUGCUGCUGGAUCAGGUAUUCCUGAAGUCAAAGCUUAUUUGAAUGGCGUUGAUGCUCCUGGCAUUUUUUCGUUUCGAACUUUGGUUGUUAAGAUUAUUGGAAGCAUUACUGCAGUGUCAUCAUCUCUUCAUAUUGGAAAGGCAGGGCCAAUGGUGCAUACUGGUUCAUGCGUAGCAUCGAUUCUUGGUCAGGGUGGAUCUAAGAAAUAUAACUUAACAUGGAAAUGGCUACGGUAUUUCAAAAAUGACAGAGAUCGACGAGAUCUUGUAACGUGUGGAUCAGCUGCUGGAAUGGCUGCAGCCUUUCGCUCCCCAGUUGGCGGUGUGUUGUUUGCUCUUGAAGAAAUGGCAUCCUGGUGGAGAAGUGCCCUUUUAUGGCGAGCUUUCUUCACAACAGCUGUAGUUGCAUUAGUCCUUCGGGCUUUGAUUGAUGUGUGUUUAAUGGGAAAAUGUGGGCUAUUUGGUACUGGCGGGCUCAUAAUGUUUGAUGUCUAUUCAGCUAAUAUUACAUAUCAUCUCAUUGAUGUUCCUCCUGUGCUUCUCCUUGGAGUUAUAGGGGGCAUAUUAGGAAGUUUCUAUAAUUUUGUCUUAGAAAAGGUUCUUCGAGUUUACAAUCUCAUUAAUGAGCAAGGCAUUGCUUACAAAAUUCUUCUGGCUUGUUCAAUCUCUAUAUUCACAUCCUGUAUGUUAUUUGGAUUACCUUUUUUGGCAUCUUGUCAACCUUGUCCUGCUGAUGCUUCAGAGGCUUGUCCAACAAUUGGUCGGUCUGGCAACUAUAAGAGAUUUCAAUGCCCUCCUGGGCACUACAAUGAUCUAGCUAGCCUCAUUUUUAAUACAAAUGAUGACGCAAUUAGAAAUCUUUUCAGCAGGGAUACCGACGCCGAGUUUCAGUAUUCAUCCGUUUUCAUAUUUUUUAUAACUUGCUUCUCUCUUAGCAUUCUUAGCUAUGGCAUUGUUGCUCCUGCUGGUCUAUUUGUUCCGGUUAUUGUGACAGGUGCAUCUUUUGGACGUUUUAUCGGAAUGUUAAUUGGUUCAAGAGAUGGUCUUAAUCACGGCCUUUAUGCUGUCCUGGGAGCUGCUUCACUCCUCGGAGGAUCUAUGAGAAUGACAGUUUCCUUAUGUGUUAUUAUCCUAGAAUUGACCAAUAAUUUGUUGCUGCUACCUUUGAUAAUGUUGGUUCUUCUUAUUUCCAAGACUGUGGCUGACGCUUUCAAUGGUAAUAUUUAUGACCUCAUUAUGAAGGCGAAGGGCUUUCCUUAUCUAGAAAUUCACGCCGAACCUUACAUGAGGCAGCUGACAGUAAGUGAUGUAGUCACAGGUCCACUUCAGCUCUUUCAUGGCAUUGAAAGGGUCGGUAACAUUGUACACGUUCUCACAGUAACUAGGCAUCAUGGAUUUCCUGUAAUCGAUGAGCCUCCACUCUCUGAACACACAAUUCUUUAUGGACUAAUCCUCCGUGAUCAUCUUAUUGAGUUAUUAAAGAAGAAAGUGUUCUCAUCCACUCCAGUGCCAAUGAGCGCUGAUGCCUUUGAGCAAUUCUCACCUGGUGACUUUGCAAAGAGGGGCUCAGGCUACAAUCACAAGCUAGAAGAUAUAGAAAUCACUGAAGAAGAGAUGGACAUGUUUGUGGAUUUACAUCCUUUCACUAAUGCUUCGCCCUAUACUGUUGUGGAAACAAUGUCACUAGCUAAGGCUCGUGUACUUUUCCGAGAAGUUGGUUUGAGGCACUUGUUGGUGAUACCCAAAAUAUCAAGUGUAUCUCCUGUUGUGGGCAUACUGACGAGGCACGACUUCAUGCCGGAACAUAUAUUGGGUUUGCAUCCGCUGCUUGUUAGAAGCAAGUGGAAAAGAUUAAGGCUCCGGUUGCCACAAUUACUUAAAUUUUUCUAGGAAAUGGCGAUACAUCAACAGCAGAUGGAAAUGAAAAUCUCAAAAAGUUUCUUCUCUGUCAAAGUAAUGGAGCUUGAUCUUCCAAAUGAAGGUGGGUAUUGCCUCAUUCGUGGGCAGACAACACUGAAUAUUUAAAAUUAUUUUUCGAGCUUCAUAUCGAUCAACCUGAAUCAAACAAGAUCGGAGAAGGAUGAUCAUCGCUCUCAAUGCAGCUGUUUGUAGUUUUUAUGACGCACACAAGGUAAUUAGUUAUUGUUAUAAUCGGGUGGGACAGAUAUUGCUUAGCUGAAAUUUCCAUCUGCUCUGCAUUAUUUAUUUCAAUGACUUGAUUUCUUUCAACAAUGAAGUCAAAUUUAAUUUAUUAUGUGCACAUAUUGAGAAAAGCAUUUCAAAACUUA